AUGAUAGAUGAUAGUAAAGAAAAGUAUAGCAAAAAUGAAGCAAUUAAAAAGGCCUUUUCUCUUUUUUCGUUUCCCAGUAGUGAAGAAGAAAAGGUCAUUAAUUUUUGGCCCCUUAAAUUUAAGAAUAAAGAGGAAGAGUUGACAUAUAUUGUAAAACUAUGUGAUAAUAUAGAAAAGAAGAAAUUUGUUUCUCUCAUUUCGCAUUUGAGCUCUCUCUUGCUUAUGUACUCCAUUUGUUUAGUCGUUGGGAAAAUUAAUGAUUUAUUUUCUAUCCUAAAAUGGACUUUCGCAUUUUUACACAUCUUCGCCACAGUAAACGUGGUGCUAACCCUAAUGCUGCACUACACAAACUACGUGGAGAGGUUUAAAACCAUCAGGGCGAAGCUUUUUAUUUCUUACACGAUUUCUGUACUCAUCCUGUGGAGUUCGUGGCUAUUCAUUCUAUUCAACGACGUCAAGGACCACCUGCCAACGGUUGUAAAUGUGAACAACUUCCUGUACGCAACCUAUACCCACAACAAAAUCAACAUCGUCCUGUGCUUCUACGCGUACCUGCCAGUCUUGUAUUUGAUAACGAUAAUACCAUGCAGGUAUAAAAGGAAGAAACAACCAGUAAAGUCACUUUUACAUAGGAACAUGCCGUACAUGCGGGGCGAAAUUUUCGAUUUAUAUGAAAAGCUCUACACAUGCGCAAGAGGACACGCCUCAGCACAAAUAGGUACAUAAAUGGUGAAGGUGGCGAUUUAUUCCGUGUACUACAUCAUAACGAUGAAGAAUUAUGUCCUUACAGACAACAUUUUCAUGAUAGCCUCAUCGCUGGUAGGAAGCAUUUUCAUAUUCGUGAUACGGUACAUCAUUGAAAUUCAAAGAAGACUUGCAUUUAAUAAUUGGAACAAGCAGACAAAGCAGAUUAUUAAACUAAAAAUAAACUUGAAGGAGGAGAAAGAUAGAUCGUCAGUGACCAACAUCGAGGAAAUAUAUGACAUAAUCAACGAGUCUAUCGGAAACUACUACGAUCCAAAUGCACCCUCGAAAGAAAAAGAUUAUGCCAUCGUGAACAACUUAAAAAAAAUUUUAAAUAUUCUCAAGGAGGACAACUUAUUUUCGCCAGAUUUGAGGACGAUAAACAAGAAGAAUUACAACCACAUCUAUGGCUACAUGAUGGACAUAAAAAAAAAUAAGCAGCGAUCGGAAGUUAAGGGUGAACCGAAGGAGCAGGACAACGAGGAGCACACGGAAGAUGGGGCUAACGAAGGUAUGGAAGAAGGGAAGGAAGAGUCUGAAACAGAAUCGUUGGUAGAAUCGAUGUCCGAUGUGUGGAAAAAACAGGAGCCGGAUUUGCUACCCAAAAAGUCGUCAAAAAAGGAAGAGAUUAAACUGGACCAAGGCGACUUUGACAUAAACGUGCGUUCAGGAGACAUAGCCGCGAGAAUAUGCAACACCAAAUUUUUGAACAGAGACACAACGAAUGAUGACAUAUUUACACAACUGGGAAUGAAUUUAUUGACCAAAUGCUACACCGCAAAUCAUAACGUAACAGAACACUGCAAUAUCCUCGUGAACAACCUAGACACAGCGAACAUUCUGCGAGAUAACGAAAUGGCUGCCUUUCUGUUGGCAGCCUUAGGGCACGACAUUGGCCACUUUGGGAGAACAAAUCUCUUUCUCAAAAAUUCGAGCAAUUUUUUAAGCGUAAUAUAUAACGAUAAGUCCAUUUUGGAGAACUACCACUGCUCCUAUUUAUUUCACAUUCUGUUUAAGGAACAAAAUAACAUUUUCAAAAAUGAAAGUGCCAAAACUGUGCUCAACUUGAGGCAAGAAAUUAUACAAGUAAUCCUCGCAACGGAUAUGAGCAAGCAUAUAAAAAUCUUGGCUCAAUUUCGUAUUAAGUCCAUUAAAAUUAGGUCAUACAUAGAAAAGAAUAUUAUCCUAUGUUUGAAGAUGAUUAUAAAGGCUGCUGAUUUGUCUCACAAUUGUGUUGACUGGAGUGAACAUUAUUUGUGGGUCAAAAGAUUAGUAAAUGAAUUCUACUACGAAGGAGAUGAACAGCUUGAAAAAGGCUAUCAAAUUAAUCCUCUCUUUGAUCGAAAUUCGCAUGAUAAUUUUAUAAAAAUUCAAAGAACUUUCUUAAAAGAAUUAGUUUUCCCUUUAAUUAUUUCUUUGAAAACUCUGGACAGAACUUCCAUCACACAAUUUAUGAUGGAUAAGGUUAAACGCAAUUAUUCCAAGUGGAAAAAAAUUGAAAAAAACCCUUCCAAAAAAAAAAAAUACUUAAAUGAAUUGAUAAGUAAUAUUCCAGAUUCGUGGAAAAAGUUGUACCAUCCCAAUUUAGACAUUUACCAGUUGCAGAAAUGUACGUGA